AUGAAUUCGCAACAACCGCACCAGGGUUCUCAGCAUAUGUAUGGUUACCAAGCGCCACUGAGGAAGCAGGUGCCCAAUUUCACCCCCGGUGUCAAUAUGGGCCAGAUGAUGAUGGGUCCGCAAGUGAAUGCCCACAUGGGACAACAGCAGCCGGAACUCGGCCUGCACCCAACGGCCCGCCAAGGCCACGUUCAGUACUCAGGGGCACAAAUCUCAGUUCCCCAGCCCCGAAAGCAACAGCAGCAGGUCCAGCCGCAGUCCCAAUCCAACGACCUUUCGAAUUCGACAUCCGCCAUUCCGUCACCUUUCGCCACGUCCAUGCCCACGCCUACAGGGCCGGCAUCCGCUCCUCCUAUGAACAUGCAUGUUGGUGCGCCCGUAUCUGGAGCUGCGCAAAUGCCGGGCGCUACAAGGAGCGCUGGUCCCGUCUCUGCAACAGCAUCUACCGCCAACCACAUUUCGGGUCCAGGAUUGACGCCCGCGUCGCCGCAAGUUGGAGCUAUGCCUUCUAACCAGUUUUAUCCGGUGGCUAGUGCUUACCAGCCGGUAAGCAAGCGGCACAUAGCAAGCAACAUGAUACCGUACCCCAUCCGCAAAUAUCUGUCAAACAUGGCUAUACUACGAUUACAUGAGAUUAUAAACCUGGUAAAUGUUUCUACGGACAGAGUUGACGACUUCGGGUACUGGCAGCGUUUUACGAAUGAUUUAUUUACACCGUAUGGUAUACUACGUUACUCCACUCAAGGUGGCGAAGAGACUCGUCAGUUUGAGUUUACAACACCUAUAAUCCCGCUCAUAUGCAAUUCUUUGGGUUCCGUUGGCAUAGUGCGUUUGGAAAUGAUCCCGCAGCAGUUGAGAGCCCAGGUCUUGAGCAACGGCACCAUCUUCUUUGAUUGUCCUCGGUGUACCACCACGUUUUACUAUCCUGACGGCAGUUAUAUGACAAACUUUUCUCAAGUGAAAGGCAUCUUUGACUCGAAUCUGAAAAUAGAAUGGGUCGAAAUUUCUAGCUACAGCUUUGUUCCCGGUAUUGAAUGGAGCUCAUUGGAGAGGCUCAUAAGCUCGGAACCUGUAUGCCAUGAAAUCUUUAAGGAUCUCAGUAAUUCGCGGAAAAAGCCGGAGAGCACCGAGGACCCUAAAAACCAAGAACCCGCCCGAAACCAAGACCCAAAAGUUCCAGAUAAUUUUUCAGCCAUAACUAAACUGCGUUCCCAAUUUGGUGUGUUCCAUAACAUAUCAAGUUUUGGCAUCCAGGAAAGUUUCAUGCGCGCCUUGCAAGUCAGCGAUGCUAUAUCAUAUCUCAAAAACUUGAAAGUUUAUCAGAAAGUGCACAAUCUCCAGAGUCCUCUCACCAGUUUAGAAUCAUUCGUGGCGUCAUCUCAGGCAGAGAAGGCGUCAAGUAUGGCACCUGGGGCGCCAUUCAAAUACGGUAACUCGUCUUCCCCAGCAGCGACUCCUUCGAACCCUCGACCUAAGGUUCCUAAUUCAAGCAAGCCUCGCCCCAAGAAGAGGCGACAAAGCGAUCUUUCUCCCCUUAGUACGGGGGACAGAGGUUUGCAGGGAUUCGGUCAAAUUUAG